AUGACGACGUUGGAAAUCACCGUCGUCUCCGCCGAGGGUCUUAACAAAUACUCUUCCUAUUUCAACCGCAUCACACCCCUUUUCGCUCUCACCGUCCUUCCCACGCACAUGGUGCACCGCUACGACGGACGAGGACCAACGCGGGAGCACGUGUUCCGCGUCCCAGUGGAUUCCACCUUCUUUUCCGACACGUAUUCGUGCCUGCACCUCCAACUAUUCAUCAAGCGCCGAUUUGUGGGCCCCACGCAACUGGCCUCGUGCCUGAUUCCGGCCUCUGACAUUGGCCUUCUCCCUCCUGAUUCCGUACGCUUCCUCAGCUACCGGCUACGGGCAAGAGACGGUUCCAGAAGCCACGUUAUUGUUAAUCUUUCCAUCAGGUUGCAGGGUUGGGCAUCACCGCCUCUCGACACGUGUCGGACUGUUAUUGGGAUACCCGUCACAGCGGUUCGCAGUUGGCAUCGUUGA